AAUAAUGUAUAAUUUAACAAGAUUAUCAAAUAAAAAAUUAACUAUACGUAUAAAUAUAGUGACAGUAACAUUUAUAAUAGUAAUAAUAAUGGUAAUUUAUUCAUUGUUAUUAAAACAAUGCCGAUUAUCAUCAGACAGCAGCAAUAAUUCUCAAUUAAAAAAACAAAAAUACAGACUACUGAUAUUAAUACUAACGGCCCCUGAUAAUAUGAAAGAACGGGUGACGUUACGAAAAACUUGGCUAUCUGAUAAGAGCGAUAAUGUCAAACAUUUGUUUGUAAUUGGUACAGAGAAUCUUCAGUUGGAAAAUCAUGAGACUCUGCAAUCGGAGCAGCUUAAAUUCAAAGAUUUGCUUCUGCUGCCAAAAUUGCGCGACGCUUAUGGAACGUUGACCAAGAAAGUCUUGCAGUCGUUUAAAAGAAUUAUUGAUGAGUAUGAUUUCGAUUAUUUACUUAAAGUUGAUGAUGACUCUUUCGUUUUGAUACACAAGUUGCUGGUUAAUUUGGACACUUGGGAAGCCAAAGGCUACAGGAAGGAAUUGUACUGGGGAUUUUUUAAUGGAAAGGCUCAGGUUAAGAGACAUGGAGCUUGGAAAGAGUCGGAAUGGAAUCUUUGUGAUUAUUAUUUGCCGUAUGCUGUUGGUGGUGGAUACGUUUUGUCUUAUAAUCUUGUUAAAUAUAUUGCUAUGAAUGCUGAUAAUUUGAGAUUAUUUAAUUCCGAAGAUGUAUCAGUGGGAUUAUGGCUAUCAGCAGUAGCAAACAUCGAACGUCGUCAUGAUAUAAGAUUUGAUACUGAAUACCGUUCUCGUGGAUGUUCGAAUGAUUAUUUGAUAACACAUAAGCAAUCGCCUGAUAGCAUGAAAGCACUUCAUGAUUACUAUACAGCAACGGGUAACUUAUGUAGCAAAGAAUUUUCAAACAGAAUGAGUUAUCAUUAUAAUUGGACAGUACCGCCCAGUCAAUGCUGUGUACGUAAGCCCGGAAUAAUAUAAAAAAGAAACAAACAGUAAAAGCUCACGGCUUACCAAGUAAUUAAAUUUUACAAACGAACAAACAAUCUAAUUACUUGAUAAAUAAUUAAAAGUCUAGUCUUCAUAGGAUUUAUAAAUAAUUUUUUUAUUAAUUGUCUUAAAAAUAAAAUACAUAACGAAAAUAUGAAUUUAAAGUGACGUUUACGUAUUUAAAUAAUUCUUUUUAGAUUUUUCUUUCUAACUUAUAAGAUAAAUAGUUAAAAAAUUAUUAUUGUUAAUUUAAAUAAAAUGUAAAAAAAAUAUUUAUAUUACAAGACUGGUGCAAAU